CCCCCCCCCCCCCCCCCACCAUUUAAUACCAUCGUCCACUGCCCAUGUCCUCGUCAGUAGAACCGAGCAACGGCCAACGCUACCUCGGCUAUGAUGCAGGAGAAAGGGGGCGGACACGAUACCGCGAUAUAGACAUUGAAUCGACUGGACAUGCGGCAUAUCACUCUCAUCAAACGACCCAUAAAAGCCCUACUAGAGUCACCCCGUCCUCCCCCACUUCCUCCUCCUUUGCCCAUCACCACAACAACCAGAGUCAUCAUCUACAGCAGCACCAUCGACAGCAUCAGCAGCGGGAACAAUACAGAGUAUCAGGGGCACAGGGGACGAUAUUGCCCUCCCCAGCAUCCAUGAACGAUAUGACGGCGACGCCUCCUACUGCACAGCCCAAGAUGCCACCAAUCCUACCUCCACCAGGGUCGGUUCCUGGAUCGGGCUCGGGCUUUGUUUCGGGGAUUGAGGCGGCAGCAGCCUCGGCACUGACGUUAGCCAACAACAUUGCAUUCCGACCCUCGACCACUCAGCCAGCGAAAUGCAGCAAGUUGAAGAUCCGCAUCUUUUUCGAUUCGACCAUCUUUCAAGCAGGAGGGAAUCUGUUUGGACGAAUGGAGAUCACGGCGACAAGUUCGCGGUCUUUGAAACUGGGCGAAAUAGCUGUUGAAUUGGCAGCUUAUGAAGAAAUCACCUCCAAAGAGUUCACGGCAACACAAUCGUUCUUGUCCUCCCGCCUCUGCUUCCAGGGCCCCAAUAUCCCGCCCUCCAAUGCUGUACACGGACCAAUUGACGAGCAAGGGUUCUGGAUGGCCAAGAAGGGCAAGACCACUUUCCCAUUCGCAUUUCAGCUCCCUCUCGACUGCCCAAGUAGUCUGGUCUUUGGACAGACUGCCAGUCUGCGCUACGUUGUCACAGGGCUGGUGCAGGUUUUUUAUCACGGGAAGGAUGAGAUGAUCCUAAAAUCCAAGGAAGCGUUUGUGGUCGAGGCGUGGGAUGGGUACAAUCCUGAUUACCGGUUGCCUAUCCAGGCCAGCAACUCAACAAAGUUGUUUUGGGGUGGAAGUGGAUCCUUGGUGCUUGAAGCGGUACUUUCUGAAAAACUGCAUAGCGCUGGUGGUAAUUUGACAGUAGAGGUCAAGGUCAAGAACAACACAAGUCGAAAGGUGCAAGGGAUUCGCUUGGGAGUUCAUCGGAGACUGGAGAUGGUAUCAAACAAGGAUAAAGCACAGCAGGAUCCAGGACUUAAAAUCGAUACCGUAAGCGUCUCGGAAGUUGUUGGAACGCAGGAGUUCAAGUCCUCCAGCUACUUGUUCGACACCGGAGAGGAGCGCACCAUGACCAUCAACAUGAUUGUUCCCGGGAACGCCAGAACAAUCCGAGGAACCGCUCUGUUUGAGGUGACGUGUUUUGUCGUCGUCUCGAUGCUCUUGGGCACUUUCAGUGGAGAAUUGGCAGUGGAAAUUCCUGUAAAAAUUUGUCACCCAGCAUCGUUGACUCCCGCACCAAAGCCAAAGCUGGACGAGAAUCAUUUACCACAUCACUACAACUUGGUAGAUGAAGACUUGGAUCUAGAGCCUGAUCGACCCGCACGAUUUGACCGGGGGAUUGGAUACAAUGACAGCAUUGCAAUUCCUAUCACAAGCGGAUAUGAUGGUGGUAGCAACAGCAACAACGCAGGACGUGAUCUCCCAUGGGGGACGGACGGCUCAGAAAACCAGGACGGGUACUCAAACAUUGACCGGCAAGGCGAGUGGCAGCAGGAUACAAGGGAAUUAUCUCCGGCUAACUCCAUUACUUCGAUAAAGACCAUGCUCGCAAGUCCCAAGCAAAAACUGAGUAAACUUGCGGACAAAAUCCAACGGUCGACCAGUCCAUCCUCCAGCCAUCAUCUUCAACAUGAACAUCUACAGGGAUCCAGGCAUUUGGAUAACAAUAACGGCCAAGGUCGAAGGCACCUCACAAAAUCACCUCCACUGGGACCUGCCAUGCCCAUCGCAUAUGUCCCAGCUGUGGAAAGAGUGCGAUACACUCCCUUCCAACCACCACCGACGACAAAAGCGAAGGAAUUUCUAAAAGCAGCGGCGCAAUAUCAGCAAGAGAUGGCUCUAGGAGGUGCAUUGUCUGGACUGGGGGACGGCAACGUCGAGUUUGAUCUGGACGACAAGAAGAUGGCAUCCGCAAUCCAUCAUUGGAUCUCAAAGAAAGAGUCUGAGGAACAGUACAGCAGUGCAACGGCGAUCCAGAUACCGUCGGCUUCACGACCGACCCCGCCAAUGCAAAUUCCGAUCUCUCCAGACCGUCGACGACCUGCUGUAGGACGAAUCAACACCCAAAUCGGCUCCUUUACGUCACAGUAUAGCCCAUUAUCGUCUCAAAGCUAUGGUAGUCCGUCGUCUCUUAGGAGCAACGACUUCCCUCCCUCACCAGGAACAGUACCGUACCCCAAUCAGACGACCUCUCGUUUCCUUCAUCACCCACAUCGACAACCUGCAGCUCCACAGACGGAAGCCUUUGGUAGCGCGCUCGAGGACUGCUUGACCGACCCACCCCUUUUUACAAAGCCGCUCCCGCUACCAUCAUCGCCGCCGAAUGUAUCGCCGUUGCGCGCCGGGGCAGCUAAAGCCUCGGCAAAUCCACGCUCGCUCUCACCUGCUCCUAUCCCUGUUCAAACACCUGAAAAUUUGGCCUUGGCGAGGGAAGCGUUCGAGCGUGUCAAGAGAAUAGCAUCCCCAGUGCAAGAGCACAUGAUGGACGCUGCAGCAAGUCCCAGCAGCAGUGCACCGAAGUCUGGGUUUAUGGAUCCAUCUCGUUCGUCUGCGCCCGAGCCAAACCCCAAUAUCAGGGCACCAGUUCCUGUCUCAGCAUCUUCCCCCAACUUUGGUUCCAGCCCUUCAGGUUUGUCGCGCCUACUGGGUAACAACACGGACACGAUACAUCAUCCAAAGCAUGCACGAGAUGGCCAUGCGGUCGAGAACAUGCCUCCACAACCCUGUGGGAGUCCAGAGCUGCAGCACGUUCCGUUGAACCGCCCACUACCUGUCCCAGCGCCUAAACCGCAGCAUUUGAAUCAGAUCAGUAGUUCGCCUGGUACAACUGCCAUUGGUGCACUUGGGCUACGGCCACGACCAGAACCAGCGACACGACCUGCUACUGCAGCAUCGAGUGGUCACUUGAGAAGCUCAAACCCCGCUACGUUCUCAAAAUCGCCUCCCAGAAAUGAGAUGCCUAGACGAUCAGGCCAUUUACCUGCUCAAGAGUCAGGAACCAACAGAAACACGUCCUCGCUUCAGCAGAAUACAUAUGUCCCAAAGCCCACGCCCAUGCCGACCACUAGACCACCAGCGCCUAUUCAACUCCCUAUCGCAAAAGCGGGUCAGAAAUCUGUCCCGCAGAGCGGGGCUCCAAUGACAGCAUCAGCAGGAAGCCCUUCAGGAUCGGGCUUUGCGUAUCCAAAAACUGUUCGUAAGCCUGUUCCUGGGACCAAACCCGCCGUUGCUGCAAAGCCAAAGGGACUGGCAGCUCAAUCAGAUCGGACGGGUCAGGGAAUGGCGGGAUCGUCCUCUCACGGACAGACGACCACAGACAUUCAGGGCCAUGCCGAAGUUGAUCGGCGACUGCGACGACACCAGCAGCAGGAAGUCAAACCAGGCGACGGUGCUCCACAUGUAGAAAAACAGCUGGCGCCUUCAGCAUCUGCACGGGCUCCUCAAGUAAUAGCGGGAUCUCCACCUACGCAGGUCAUCCUAGGAUUCGAGACGCGUCCGAGUAUUACGAUGGUGGUUGAAGAAGACGAAGCAGAGACAAAAAGAAGUGGGAACUUGAUCGAAAGCCAUGACCACCACCGUCACCGCCACAAGAACCAUGGCUCCAGGGCGCCCGCUACUAUUGAGAAUAGUGCUAGUGUGCAAGAGACGACGCAGGAGAGCCAGAGCGAGAUCCAUGCUCAGGCCAUCGCAGCGGCGAACAGUGUUCGCGCCAAGGGCUCUCAUACUGGUGGUUACGUCGUGAAUACGGGUAAACUGAGGCAAGUCAUCAAGGAGAACAACAGCAAUAGUGGUGGUGGCGGCAGUAGCAGCGGUCAACUGAUCCAGGCAUUGGCCGGCGGAGCAUUAAGUGCAGCAUCAGCUGCUGCCUCGGGAUUGGGAUGGCGGCAGCAGAGUACUCCUCCUGCAGCUGCAUCUGUAACUGCUCCGCAAAAAAUACAACAGGAGUCUACUCAGUCUCAGCAAUCUCAGCAGUAUUCACAGCAGAGUCACGAUCUCACGAUGAAGGACAUUCACUUCCAGACCCUCGCACCUACAGACCAACCACCCAAUAUUCUAAUCUAUAAUCAGCACAAGGCGUAUGACCGAGCUCGAAGCUAUCACCUCGUCGUUUCUAGGAACACGGAUCCUAUUCCGCCUCAGCCGCAACAGAGUCGAUCCCAACCGGGCUCUCGAAUGAUAGAUGAAUCUGCCAGACAGGAACCCCUUCCAGCCGUACCGGUGUCCGUUGCGGUGAUGGCACUCCCAUCUCUGCCAGCAGAGAUAGGAAUAUCGACAUCAACAGCAGCGGCUAUUGUCGACGCUGCUACUGCAGCCACUGCUACCACGGCAGUCGCGGUAGCAGAUGUGAUUCCUCCGAAUCUGGACAAGACAUUACCCAAGAUCCAAGAACGGACGCCUCGUUCAAGGGUAUUUGAGCGACCUGAAAAGACCGAGAGAGACCUACCUAAAAAUAACAGUAAUCCAUCUGGUCUAGUCUCGGCGCCUAAACCUGCACCUAAACCUGCAUCUAAACCUACGCCAAGACCGGACUUUAGCGCCAAGCCAUUACCGAGACCCAGAUAUGGACAAGGCAUAGGGGCAAGUACAGGGGAGGCAGCAUCGCCGGCCGUCGGCAUGCCGGCACCGAAGGCGAUCAACCCCAAGCUACAGGAGUAUAUCCAGAAAUAUAACCUUGCAGCCAAUACGCGGACCUUGCGGAAAAGAAGGCCCAAUGGGCAAUGGCUGCUAUAACUGCAGGUGGUAUCUGUGAGUGGAUAUGCGAAACCAAAAAAAUGUAAAGGUUGUUUGUUGCUCAUUGUCUGCAACAUGCCUAUUCGAGCAAAUGGAGAACGCGAAGACUCCUGGAAUGAAUGGCAUCGAUAGUUUCUGUUUCACAGGUUGACGGCCGAGUCAGAUACCGAGUAUAAUAUACCUCUGAUGCUGAUGCCCCCAUUCCCGCGUGGUGAGCAUAAAAAUAAAC